AUGGCUCCAAGAUUUAGCAUGGUUCCGACCAAAAUGCCUCUUCUCGGCAAGAUCACUCUCGAGGAAGCUUUCCAGCCCCCUUUCAACAUGGAGGCAGCCACUGGUACCAACAUCGACAUGUACGUCUACAAAGAGCGCGCCCCCGAGUACCUGUCGGGCAUUGUCAACAUCAAGGACCGCGUCAUGGAAGCCCGCACAACUGGCGUCGGCUACACUGUCUGCUCUCUUACUGUGCCUGGCGUUCAGGGUGAAACAGACCCCGCCACCGCCGAAGCCUUUGCUACUCGCUCCAACAACUGGAUUGCCGAUCAGAUCAAAGCGUAUCCCACCGAACUGGGUGCUUUUGGAGCCGUCUCUAUGCACAACCCCAAGCAGGCCGCGGUCGAGAUGACCCGAUGCAUCAAAGAGCUUGGCUUUUGUGGCAUCAUGGUCAACAACUGGCAGCAAGCCGUCAAUGAUAAAGGCGAGCGCACGCUUCUGCUCUACGACCGCCCCGAGUACGAUGUAUUCUGGUCCACUCUCGAGGAGCUCGAUGUCCCGCUCUACCUCCACCCUUCGGCCCCCGAAGCUCAGAUAUUAGACCUCCUGUACAAAGACCAUCCCUACCUGAUCGGCCCGCCCUCAUCCUUCGCCAUCGACGUCUCAACCCACGUCAUCUGCCUCAUCACCAACGGAGUCUUCGACCGCCACCCAAAAGCCCAACUCAUCGUCGGCCACAUGGGCGAACGUAUGCCCUAUGACUUCGACCGCACGCACCGCUGGCUCGAACAGGUUGAGAAGCCCCGUGGAAUGGCCGCCAAGAAGACUCUGUACCAGUACUUCCAGGAAAACAUCUGGCUCACCACUUCUGGACAAUUCUCGACGCCGGUUAUGAAUUAUUGUGUCAAUCUGGUUGGGGCAGAUCGUAUUUUGUUCUCGGUGGAUUAUCCGUAUGAAUCUUAUCAAGACGCGUCGAAUUGGUUCGAUAACAUGGAUUUAAAUACUAGGGACAAGCUGAAGAUUGGGAGGGAGAACGCGAAGAAGCUUCUUAAGCUCGGCAAGUACAAGGACAGUGAUGCGCCAUACCAUCAGUAG